AUGCCCAUCAGCCCAUUUGCGAUCCUCUUUCUUGAGAGACCACUGACGUUGUUGCUUCUGCUUGUCUUGGUCUGCAGUGUGAUCCCUUCCGACCUUGCUCCCUUUGUGCACGAGCAAAAGUGGAUUGCCAACCACUUCUUGCUAGUCAGACUCGCAAGGAUAGCACUCGAAAAAAGCCUCAAUGACCCCAGCAAUGAGGCUUCAGUGGAGGCCAGUAACAAUGAGAGCCGUGUAUCUACAGAUGGUCGUGCUACACAUCCGGCAAUUGACUAUGGCGAAGCGGAAUCCACCAUGGGAAUCGUUCAAAAAAUAUGUGAGCUUGGUAGGCAGCAUAUCGAUGAGCAAGCCACGUCUGCCAUUCCAGGCUACCGAGCGAGCACCAGCGUUGCCAAGCGGCGCACAGGAACUACCGGUCAACGGCUUCCCAUUUCUUCGAUACUCGGUCAGAAUUUACCGCCGACGGAGGUGAUGUAUUCGUUGCUUGAGGACUACUUUGAUGCAGUCCAUUGGUUCUCUCUCGCCAUAUAUGAACCCACCUUUCGCAGGAAACUUUCCUCCAUCGCCGAUGGGCUUGCCUAUCCCUCCCAGAAAUCAUUCUUGCUGCUCCUUGCAGUCGUACUGGGCAUGGGAGCGUGGUAUCGGUCACAGAGGAGGACCACUGAUUUGACCGACAAUGGAGAUUGGCAACAAUUGAGUGCAGACCUCUUAAAGAUUGUUGAGUCGCACAUUGUUGAGUUGAUGGACCAACCUUCUGUCACAGCAGCCCAGAUUUGCAUCCUUUUUGGAUCGUACCACGUCUAUCACGGGCGUCCCAAUCUCUCCUUCUCUUUACUUGGUGCGACUAUCAAGAUAUCCCAGGCGGCAGGGUUGCACCGUGAACCCUCGAGGGGCAACUUUGAGGAUAUCGAAGAAAGGAAGCGCGUAUGGUGGACCAUUUACACCUGGGACCGAUUCGCGUCAAUCACCUAUGGUCGACCACUAGGGAUCAACGACAAGGACUGCAAUCUCAACAUGCCAGCGGAUAUUUUCGAAAAUCCCUACUUUGUUGCACCAAGAUCAGAGCAGGGAUAUACCGUCUGUUACUCCACAUAUCAAAGGGAAUUGAACCGUCUCUACCUCAUGGCAUCCACUGCCCUGGAGGCGAUUUUCGGCUCGCGGACGUCGGGCUCUUCUGAGGAACUAGCGGGGGACGCAUACCUUGCGCUCGUGAAAGAAGCGACUCAAAACCUUCAGCGAUGGCGGGAUGAGUUACCCGAGCAUCUAGUCCUAGACCUCGAGAGGGAUUUCCUGCCUGACAGCGGGCUUUGCGCGAGGGCACAUGCCCUACAAUCCUUGUCCCUGCACUUGACCUACGAUAACAUCCUCAUUGUCCUCCACCGGCCUUUAUUAGCAAGGCAAGUCAAUCACUUAUCGAUAAAUCAUCAGGCUACUAGCAGAAGCGGUGGGAUAGAUUCUCCCAGCUGUCAUGCGAGCGGGGCAUCGCCAGCACAAAGAGACCCAGCAUUCGAAGCUGUAUCGCCGAAUGCAUCUGCCACAAGUCCAGUACACUGGUGGAAUGCGGCCUUGAGAACAUCCCGAGUGACCGAGUUACCGGCCCUGGCUCAACUUGCGACGGAUAGUCAUUUGGUUGCCUUCUUGGCCAUAAAUCUAUUCAACGCGGCAAUUGUGCUGGCGGUCAUGGCUCUGUCAGAUCCACUCUCCGACACGGCACAGGUCGUGAAGCGGACGAUAACUCGUAUCUUGCGUCUGCAGGAUCUUCUGGGAAAGCGCUCGGCAUUAUCGAAGCAGAGUACGACGGUUUUGAAGAAUGUGGUCACAUUGCUCCUCCGCCGUGAAUCAGAGGCUAUCCUGGCUCCAAUCACGACAAACAAUCAGCAAGAAGGUCACCAGUCUGUGAUAGACUUUGCACCAAUGUCCGUAGAGGAUACCCUCCGACUGCCCCUCGACGCGACUCUGGAACUAUUCGAUGCCCCGGCGCGACGAUCAGCAUGGCCAGACCUGAGCAGGGCUCAUCGCCUCAACGAAAGUUUAGCAUCAGUGCAAUUCGUCGUUCCCUCCGGCAAUGAUGAUCCCUCCAUCAACUGGUAUACGAGUAGAGACACUCACGAAGCUCGCGGUACCAUUCAGGACACGUUCCAAUCAGAUCAUGCAUGGCAGCAAUCUGCCCCGAAUGAAUGGCAUGACCCCAGCGUUCCUCUUGGGGCGAUGGAAACCACAACCUACGGGACAGGUGAACGCGGGUUGUACUGGCUAUGGGAUAUGUCAUGGAAUGGAACGGAGUCAUAG